GCGCUCGGGCUCGUGAUGGGGAAAAAGUCCCGGGCGGUACCCGGCCGCAGGCCUAUCCUGCAGCUCUCUCCACCAGGUCCUCGGAGCAGCACCCCGGGCCGGGAUCCCGACCCCGAUCCGGAUCCCGAGGCAGAUUCGACGGCGGCGGCGGCGACUAGCCAGUCAGCCCCGGCAGCUGCGACGGCGGCGUCCUCGACGUCACCCGCGGUGCCUGCCACCGCUGCCCCAGAGGACUCGCCUUCUGAAGAUGAACAGGAAGUGGUGGUGGAGGUCCCCAGCGUUGUUCAGAAUCCUCCCAAACCAGUCAUGACCACCAGACCCACAGCCGUUAAGGCAACAGGAGGGCUGUGCUUACUUGGUGCUUAUGCUGACAGUGACGAUGACGAGAGUGAUGUGUCUGAAAAAACAGCCCAAUCCAAAGAGGCAAAUGGAAACCAGGCCACUGACAUCGACAGCACACUCGCCAACUUCUUAGCGGAGAUAGAUGCCAUAACAGCACCUCAGCCUGCAGCUCCUGUGGUAGCUUCUGCUCCACCUCCAACUCCACCUCGACCAGAACCAAAAGAAGCAGCAACACCUGCCCUUUCUUCUACCGCAUCAAAUGGAACAGACACUUCCCAGACACCAGGGUGGCAUUAUGACACUCAGUGUUCAUUGGCAGGAGUUGAAAUUGAGAUGGGAGAUUGGCAAGAAGUCUGGGAUGAGAACACAGGUUGCUAUUAUUAUUGGAACACACAAACAAAUGAAGUAACUUGGGAGUUACCCCAAUACCUUGCCACACAGGUGCAGGGAUUACAACAUUACCAGCCCAGUUCUGUAACAGGGACUGAGGCAGCUUUUGUGGUAAAUACAGACAUAUAUACAAAGGAGAAAAUGAUUCCUGCUUCCAGUAAUAAAAGUGUACCGGUCAUCGCUAAACGAGAAGUUAAAAAGGAACUGAAUGAAGGAAUCCAAGCUCUUUCCAACAAUGAGGAGGAGAGAAAAGGGGUGGCAGCUGCAUUGCUCGCUCCCUUACUGCCUGAAGGGGUAAAAGAGGAGGAAGAAAGAUGGAGAAGAAAAGUAAUUUGUAAAGAAGCAGACCUGGUGUCAGAGGCUAAGGAAACAAGCACAGCAGCCGAGGAAGUGGGGCCGAGUAUAAAGCCACCAGAAGUUAUGAUGGACAGCUCAGAAGAUCCUGCUCAGGAGGAUCUUUGCAGUGUUGUUCAAUCUGGAGAAAGUGAGGAGGAGGAGGAAGAGGAGGAGCAAGACACCCUUGAGCUGGAGCUAGCUUUGGAAAGAAAGAAAGCAGAGUUACGAGCCUUGGAAGAAGGAGAUGGUAGUGUGUCAGGGUCUAGUCCACGUUCUGACAUCAGCCAGCCAGCAUCUCAGGACGGAAUGCGUAGGAUUAUGUCUAAAAGAGGAAAAUGGAAGAUGUUUGUUCGAGCUACAAGUCCAGAAUCCACCAGCCGAAGUUCUAGUAAAACUGGACGAGAGACUCCAGAAAAUGGAGAAACCGCAAUUGGUGCUGAAGAUUCCGAAAAAAUAGAAGAAAAUUCAGACAAAGAAACGGAAGUAGAAGAGUCUUCUGAGAAGAUAAAAGUCCAGAUGGCACCUAAAGUGGAGGAAGAGCAGGACCUGAAAUUUCAGAUUGGAGAACUGGCAAAUACCCUGACAAGUAAAUUUGAAUUCCUAGGGAUUAAUAGACAGUCCAUCUCCAACUUUCACAUGCUGCUCUUACAGACUGAGACUCGAAUUGCAGACUGGCGCGAAGGGGCUCUGAAUGGAAAUUACCUAAAACGAAAACUUCAGGAUGCUGCAGAACAGCUAAAACAGUAUGAAAUAAACGCCACUCCUAAAGGCUGGUCCUGCCACUGGGACAGGGAUCAUAGACGAUAUUUCUAUGUAAAUGAACAGUCGGGCGAGUCUCAGUGGGAAUUCCCAGAUGGUGAGGAGGAGGAAGAAAGCCAAGCACAGGAAAUGAGAGAUGAGAGUCUUCCUAAGCUGACCGGGAAAGACAGAACCUGCACCGAUUCAAACUCUGCAGAACCCUCUGAGAGUUCCACAGGUUCUCUUUGUAAAGAAUCAUUCUCUGGUCAAGUUUCAUCAUCACUCAUGCCACUUACUCCAUUCUGGACCCUCCUCCAGUCAAAUGUACCUGUGCUUCAGCCUCCGUUACCUCUGGAAAUGCCUCCUCCUCCACCUCCACCCCCGGAAUCUCCUCCUCCUCCACCUCCACCCCCUCCUCCACCUCCUCCGUUAGAAGAUGGUGAGAUUCAGGAGGUAGAAAUGGAGGAUGAGGGAAGUGAGGAGCCUCCUGCUCCUGGAACAGAGGAGGAUACUCCUUUGAAACCUUCAACACAGACCACAGUUGUAACCAGCCAGAGUUCAGUUGAUUCCACUGCCUCUAGUCCUCCAUCCACUAAAGCAGUAAAGAGAAAAGCUCCAGAGAUGAGUACUGCAGUAGUGCAGAGAUCAGCUACUAUUGGUAGUUCUCCAGUUCUCUACAGCCAGUCAGCUAUAGCUGCAGGUCACCAAGCAGUGGGGAUGACCCAUCAAGCUGUUGGGAUGGCACACCAAGCAGUAUCCGUUAGCCAUGCAGCAGCAGGAAUGGGUCAUCAGGCCAGAGGGAUGAGCCUGCAGUCAAAUUACCUGGGACUAGCGGCAGCUCCUGCGAUGAUGGGUUAUGCAGAAUGUUCUGUCCCAAUUGGAGUGACCACUCCAUCACUGCAGCCAGCUCAGGCUCGAGGAACUAUGGCAGCGCCUGCUGUUGUAGAACCGCCUCCGCCUCCACCUCCUCCACCUACACCUACACCACCACCGCCACCACCAGCUCCCAAAGUGCCACCACCAGAGAAGAUGAGAAAAGGGAAGAGAGAUAAGGCAAAGAAAAGUAAAACAAAAAUGCCAUCUUUGGUAAAGAAAUGGCAGAGUAUCCAGCGGGAGUUAGAUGAAGAAGAUAAUUCAAGUUCCAGUGAAGAGGACCGGGAAUCGACUGCUCAGAAGCGAAUUGAGGAAUGGAAACAGCAACAGCUGGUGAGUGGCCUGGCAGAAAGAAAUGCUAAUUUUGAAGCCCUUCCUGAGGAUUGGCGAGCAAGACUGAAGAGAAGGAAAAUGACUCCCAACACAUAGUCUUUUGUUGUGUUUUAUAUUCAGUCUUACCCAGAUUUAAACUCUUGUCAAAUGAACUGUAAUGUUAUGAGGAAGAACAUAUACACUUCCUGGGCAAGGACACGUGCAUACAAAGCUGUCCGUUUAUGAAAUGUAGUUUUCUGUCUGCUGAAAUGAGGUGAUUGGAAUGGCUUUGACCUGGCUGUUGUUAUUCUCACACUGGCAAACUUAGCAUGUUAGAGAUGAAUCGGACAUGCGAGUCACGGGCAUGAAACCUCAGUGUAGGAUUCUCACACUGGCAAACUUAGCAUGUUAGAGUCGGACAUGGGAGUCACGGGCAUGAAACCUCUGUGUCGGACUUGCUGGCAGAAGUGAAGGGCUUUCCUGCCCAGUAGAGGUUUAUUUAGUUCCUAGUGUGACACUCUCCCUCCUUUGUACUCCAGAACAAGUGCAAUUAAGGCAGCUCUGUAAUCCUACCUUGCUUGACCAGCAGGAUCUCUUUCUGACCUCCUCCUCACGUCUGCUGCCCCUGAAGUGUUGAGAUCUGUGCUGAUGGCUGGCCACACUUGAGAGUAAUUCUUUCUCAGCAAUCCUAGAACAGUUGCUUUGCAGCAGGUGGCAUUUUUACACACAGGCAGGAGCAGCAGCAUCAGGUGUUUAGAUCCUUGGUUUUGAGAAAUCCCCCCGUAAGUAUGUGGCAAUAAGUAUAAUAAGCCACUUUGUGUAUUGUCUUCAUCGUCUUAACCCACUUCAAAAAUACACCUUCCUUCUAUGUGUGGAUAUGUUCUCCAUAAGAUUCCAGUAUUUAAGAAGCUGUUCACUGUUGUGUACUUUCUGUUGUAUCACAAUCAGGAAAGGUCACUUUAAACUGAAGAAAAAAGCAAAUUGUGUCUUAAAGAUGUUUGUAUUUCUCCAGUUUCUGACAUUGUAAAUUUGUAUAUAUGCACCAAUAAAGCUCUUUUUAUACUUCUGA